AUGAUAGCCUCGCAGAAACGCGACGAAAAUCAGCCCAUCACCACUGGCUUUCGACCCAGAAGGCGUCCGGUAGGGGUAGACGCUCCAUCAAGUCGUUCCACGUCGCCAGAAGAAGAAGAUGCAGAGCCUUGGGUACACAAAGAAGGCCCAAUCAUACUCCUCACUCCUGCAUCCGGCGAGAGCCCUCCCCAGCCUCCACUCCCAAGGAUACCCACACUUCUGCGUCCUGGCGCUGGCGCUCGCGCGAAUCGUGGUGCGAUCAAGGCGCUCCCACCGCUUUUGGAGGGCGAGGAGCAACCCAUUCCCGCGUUCUCAUCUGUUGCUGUUGCUGCCAGUGUGAACAUCGUCGAACAGCAAAAGAAGAAGCAGCGACAAGAAGAGGAGCGGCAGCGUUACCCACCACCUCGAACUUCGCAUCCCUCACAAGCAACAAGCAGCUCAAUGCGAUACUAUCCUGUCGCCCUCUCCCUCCCCUCGCUCGAUACUCUCAAUCUCCCAAUCCCAUCUCCAACGAUCGCAGCACAGUUCCCCGACGACCCACUGCGUGCAGAAAUCGCGAGCCUGCGUCUGAGAGUGUCGGAACUAGAGGCACGGCUCACCGAUAAGGAAGGCGAGAAGGAGGCCGCGCUGAGGGAAGCGGAAGAGAAGUGGAAGGCGAGGGUGGAGCGGCUGGAGCAGGAGCGGGAUCUGCUGGUCCUUGAGCGGCUCUCGGUGGGGAGAAUGGAAGAGCAACGAGCUUUCCGACCUUGGUCAGAGGCAGGACAAGAGGGAGAUGGAGAAAGCGGAAGGGGAGAAAUGGUGGGACUGGUGAUUGGCUCAUGA